UCUAAUAUGAGGAAGUCAGAAUCUCACAAAAGGACAUUUAUGGCAGAAGAAGAGCAAGGAGGGGGAGGAGAAGAAGAAGACGAUGCCCUUACCACCAUCGCCGAGGCCAGUGUUCUUCUUAGCUCCUUUAUCUCAAUUCGAAGUAAGAUCAAUUUGACACAAUAGUCUAUAGAAGCAGUGUUAUUAUAAAGAGAAAUGGGGAGGGGGUCCUGUAUUUUCUCUAAGACUAACAAGCGUCGCUUGAAGAAGAAAUCGGGUCCACCAUCUCCACCAGUAACAGUACCAGCACCUCCUCCUCUACCGUUGAGGGCAUCAUCGCCAACGCAGCAGUUGAUUGAUGGCAGUGGUAAUACUAAUAAUAAUAGUUUGAUUGCGGCGUCGACGGGCGGGAAGCCCAAAAAGAAGGCUGGAGGGGCGAGGCUGUGGAUGAGGUUUGAUAAGUUUGGGAAUUCGGAGCUGAUGGAAUGUGAUAAAAGCACAAUUAUUAAGCGUGUGGCGAUUCCGGCUAGGGAUUUGAGGAUUCUUGGCCCUGUCUUCUCUCAUUCCUCUAAUAUUCUUGCCAGGGAGAAAGCCAUGGUUGUCAAUCUAGAGUUCAUACGGGCUAUAGUUACAGCUGAAGAAGUCUUGAUAUUGGAUCCUUUACGCCAGGAGGUUCUUCCAUUUGUGGAUCAGCUUAGGCAGCAAAUUCCUCUUAAAAGGCCAGUCAAUAACCAGGGAGCAGGACAGGCAGAUACCCAAGAUAAUGAAAUGCACAUUUCAGCAGGUGGGCAAUGGCUGCCUGUUCCAGAAGCUGUUGAAGGUCUUCAAAGUGAGCUUCCGUUUGAGUUUCAGGUUCUUGAGGUUGCAUUGGAGGUUGUCUGCACAUAUUUGGACUCCAAUGUGGCAGACCUAGAGAGAGAUGCUUAUCCUGUUUUGGAUGAGUUAGCCAGGAAUGUUAGCACCAAGAAUCUUGAACAUGUGCGAAGUUUAAAAAGCAAUCUCACGCGUCUACUUGCACGCGUGCAGAAGGUGAGGGAUGAAAUUGAACAUCUACUAGAUGAUAAUGAAGAUAUGGCAGAUUUAUAUUUGACAAGGAAGUGGAUCCAGAAUCAGCAAUCUGAGGCUUUAUUGGGACCUGCCGCGUCAAAUGGCAUUCUCCCUGCUGCCCCACACCUCCAUCGACUUAAUUCUUGUCACAGUGCGAGUAUGAUGACUGGCGGCAGUUUGGAUCAAGAUGAUGUGGAAGAAUUGGAGAUGCUGUUUGAAGCUUAUUUUAUGCAGUUGGAUGGAACACGUAACAAGAUUUUGUCUGUUCGUGAGUAUAUUGAUGAUACGGAAGACUAUGUCAACAUCCAACUUGACAACCAGCGAAAUGAACUCAUUCAACUGCAGCUGACAUUAACUAUUGCAUCAUUUGCAAUAGCAUUGGAUACCUUGAUAGCAGGAUUCUUUGGCAUGAAUAUUCCUUGUCGAUGGUACCAUAUGGAUGGAAUAUUUGACUACUUUGUUGGAGUUAGUUCAGCGGGAUGUUUCUUACUUUUCCUGCUCAUUCUUGGAUAUGCUAGAUGGAAGAAGCUACUCGGUUCGUAAAUUUAGCUCAUUUUCAAUAAUACCAUGUUCCAAUUAUUUGGAUUCACACAACCAAUUACCUUGAUACUCCUGGUAAAUGAGAAAGUCUUUUGAAAUAUAUACUUGGUAGAUGGUGCAACUGAUCUGCAUCAAAUUUGCUUUUUUGAGUUCUGUACAUGAUGAAAUACAUUCAAUGUAUUAUUUUGUGGCAAAUAAUAUUCUCUAUUUUUUAAACUUCUAAGAUGAUGAUGACUUCAUUUA